AUUUUUCAGCAAAGAAUAGAAAAGCAUAUUAAAACGAAAGAGACUCUUCUCUUGCACUGGUGUUCAUUAUCUAUCUCUCUGCUCUCAUCACAUCUCAUGCAACCUUGUAGCAGAGAAAUGCAAGGCCCUAACACUACUAACUCUCUCUUCAACAACAAUACUACCUGUAGUAAUCAGCCGCAGAUCCACUUCGACACCACUUCCAACGACGAUUUCCUCAAGCAAAUGCUUUCCAACCUCCCUUCUUCUUCAUGGAACCUCCACGAAACCACACCCGAUAACAACGUCGUUUUCCCCUACGACGUCGAACAAGCCAACUUGGCCUCCAAGUUUCGCAACCACCAGAUCACCACCGACAACGACAAGGCCUCCGCUCUCAUGCUCCACCACCACCUCCUCCUCUCCUCCUCCGCCGCUGCCGCCAACUCCCAACUCCUCCACAUGCCCUUUGACUCCUCCGCGCCAAACGACGUCGUUGACGCCCCCUCCUUCAAAUCUCUCACUCCCAACGGUGAGCCUGCUUCCGUUCAAGCUCUCUACAACGGCUUCUCUGGAUCUCUUCAACCCAAUAAUCAAACUCACCAUUUUCAACAACACCCUCAGCCUCAGGUUCAGGGGCAGAGUUUUGGAGCUUCGGCUCCGGCUAACGGUGGCGGUUCGGGUCAGCCGAAGCAGAGGGUUAGAGCCAGGAGAGGACAAGCCACGGACCCACACAGCAUCGCCGAAAGGUUACGGAGGGAGAGAAUCGCAGAGCGAAUGAAGGCCCUACAAGAACUAGUUCCUAAUGCCAACAAGACUGACAAGGCCUCCAUGCUGGAUGAGAUCAUCGAUUAUGUGAAGUUCCUACAGCUCCAAGUCAAGGUUUUAAGCAUGAGCAGAUUGGGCGGUGCAGCAGCUGUGGCACCCCUUGUUGCUGAGGGUGGCGGUGACUGCAUCCAAGCCAAACGCAGCAACUCAAACGACAGCCUCGCCAUGACGGAGCAACAGGUGGCGAAGCUGAUGGAGGAAGACAUGGGUUCCGCCAUGCAGUACUUGCAGGGCAAGGGUCUAUGCCUGAUGCCUAUUUCGCUCGCCAGCGCAAUCUCCAAAGCCACGUGUCACCCCUUCAUCAACGGUGAUGGGCCCUCCUCUCCCCGAAUGUCCGCGCUCACUCUGGCUAACGCCGUCGUCAAAGACGCGGCCUCCGUUUCCAAGUCCUGAUUAUCACGCCGUUACCGUCAAUGAAGAACCUGAACAUAGCAAGUCACGUGGAGUCUAGGAAGCGGGUGGCUUCACUGCACGACGUCGUAUUUACCUUGACUUUUGCAGACGCUAACUUUCAUGCUUCAACCAAUCCAAUCACAAAUUUCGGAGUUUCCCAUUCCUCUAUCUCAUUUCUGUUUUUUUUUUUUUGUCUUUUCCUUUCUUUUCUUUUCGCAACGAGUUUUGUUAUUUCUUUUUCUUUUUUUACAUUUAUGUUACUUUUUCUUUAGCUUAUCCCGUUCGACAGUCCAACAUUUGCCUUAUCUUUUGGUUAAGAGAAAGAAAACAAUCUAAUGUUUUAUCUUAUUUAAUUGGAAAAAUAUUUAAAAAA